UGAACAGAUUUGAGUCCCUGACCUCGCCAGACUAUCCCACGGCUUAUAAUCGGGUUAAUGUGUCCCGGGCCUCAUAGAGAUCUUUUGUUUGGCAUUGUAUUUUAAAAGUUGUGUAAUUUUACACUGUCAUGGUUUGUCUGGUUUAAAGGGAUGGUUCACUUAAACAACAUGGUCAUGACAAUAGUCUACAGAUGUCGUUACGGACAGUUUCACUGGUGUCCUGCACAGGGCACUGUUCACAGGAGGAGCUGUGUGAAUUAUAACAACUCUUUGUAGAUGUGGAAAGAAACAUUGCUGAUCAGUUUUUUUUAAAUGUAAUUUUUGAGCACUUGGAGCACCACAAACUCCACGCUGCAAGCUACAUUUUCAAACCCCCUGGAUGGAUAAACAGUUUUUAUUGUAUUUUUGAGGGAACUAUCCCUUACCAUGGAGCUGGCCUCUAUCUCAAUGCUCAGAGUUUUGCCUGUCUGACUGAACUAGAGUGCUGUGUAGCUCUUUGUGUGAAUUGUGACUUUGUGUUGUCAACAGCAUCGUUGUCGUCACAGAACUGCAAGAUCAUGUGUCUUGUCAGUUUCACUAUUCUGCUGGCGCUAAGUCAUAGCUGAGUAUCAGAUGACUACUACACAUGCUGGGUGCCGCCGAUGCACAGCUGAAAUAUCCAUGUCAGGGUGUUAAUGGUUCCUCUGUUUCUUAGCAACCAGACUACCUAAUCGUGUUUAUCUGCCAUCGAAUGCAGUUUAUUCCUGUGUAGCUGCAGUGGUUGGUUAUAGCCUACUAGAAAUCAUCCAACCAUCAAAUAGCAAGGACUGUCUCUGUGGGUCUUAUUACACUAAAACCCAUGGGAGGCUAAUUUAGUUUAUCAUCAGAUAGCCUGUGUUGUGUUAGUGUUGACAGCAGAAUAUUUUGUACAUGUGGGAAAAACUAAACCUGAGACCCAGGUUUUGCUUUCAGUCCCAUUCCAGGAUUCCUAUUGACACCACUACAUUUUGUGAAGAAUAUGUACUGCACUAGUUCAGCACACCGGGUCUGCACUGGGUUCGGUUUUUGGCCAAUGAUAAGUACAUAAUAAUGUAUGCUUAGUGUUCCAAGGGUUUAACUUGUGAACUUAAACCUGACCAUCUCAAGUUAACUGGCAGCAAAAGCGGAUAUUGCUCUGUCCUCUUAAAAAAAAAAAAACGAGUCGGUAUAUGACCUCCUCCCCAAAGAGCUCCAGCUCCAGCCGUCGUCCACCCAGACAGACCCACCCACCAUGAGCCAGAAGAGUGGGGGAGAGGCGGGCCCUCCCCCCUCUGCAGCCUUGGCCUCAGGAAGUUCCCUCUGAGGCAGGGAGUGUCUGCAUAUAAAAUGGUCUGCAGUUCACUGCUCCAUAGAUGCCACCUCUUCCACCUCCAGCCCCUCUGCCUCUUCCUCCCUGGCAAUGGGAGUCCCAUCCACUGGCUCUACCUCAUCCUCAGAGCAUCUCAAGAUUCCCCAGCAUCUCCACUCCACUGGAGGGGAUGGAGCUGGAGCUUCAGAGAUUCAAGGUAUGGAGGGUGCUGUGUCUGCACCCAGCAGAUGCAACAGUGGAGCAAACACUGCAACAGGAGACACAGGGUCAGGAGCGUUGUCAGGGCUAGGAGUCCAGCAGCCUCAAAACACCCCAUCAAAACGGAGGCCCGUGUUGAGCAUCUCCCCGCCACCUGAGGAUCUAUUUGACGACAGCCAGAUGUCUUGCCAAGAGGAGCCUGCCGUAUCUGGUCCAAUAGGUCCAGAUUCAGAGCAUAGCAGCAGCAUGUGGGCUGAUGACUCCGUCUCCAACUUCAGCUUGAUCAGCUCCAUCUCCUACAAUGACAACACAGAGGUGCCGCGCAAGUCGAGGAAACGCACCCCUCGCCAACGGCCUGGGCCAAAGCCUGCUCCUCCGGAGGACAGCAUGGAUGUGUUUGAUGCUGACAGCGCCAAGGGCCCUCACUUUGUCCUAUCCCAGCUGGGCACAGACAAGACCAGUCCCAUAGCUAGCUCUCUCGAGUCAGGAACUGCAGUGAAGGGUGGGUCACUAUCUACUCAGUUCCCCCAGAGGAGUGAUGGGAAAGAACUAAAGAUCUUGGUGCAGCCAGAGACCCAGCACAGAGCUCGCUAUCUGACCGAGGGCAGCAGAGGUUCUGUAAAAGACCGCACACAGCAGGGAUUCCCCACUGUCAAGUUGGAAGGCGUGAAUGAACCAGUUGUGCUGCAGGUGUUUGUUGCGAAUGAUGCAGGCAGAGUAAAGCCUCACGGUUUCUACCAGGCAUGCAGAGUGACAGGGCGCAACACCACUGCUUGCAAGGAGGUGGACAUAGAGGGCACCACUGUUAUUGAGAUCCCUCUGGAGCCGAGCAAUGACAUGACACUGGCGGUGGACCGUGUAGGAAUUUUGAAGCUGCGUAAUGCAGACGUGGAGGCCCGUAUUGGUGUGGCAGGGUCCAAGAAGAAGAGCACACGUGCCAGGCUGGCCUUCAGAGUCAACAUCCCCCAACCUGAUGGAUCAGCCCUUACUCUACAGGUCGCUUCAUCACCCAUCCUCUGCACCCAGCCAGCAGGAGUGCCAGAGAUCCUGAAGAAGAGUCUUCACAGCUGCUCAGUGAGAGGAGGAGAGGAAGUUUUUAUCAUCGGGAAGAACUUUCUCAAAGGAACCAAAGUUAUUUUUCAGGAGAAUAUUGCAGAUGAUAAUUCCUGGCACGCUGAGGCAAAGAUUGACAUGGACCUUUUCCAUCAGAACCAUUUGAUAGUGACAGUCCCUCCGUUCCACAACCAGUCAGUCACUUCUCCCAUUUCUGUGGGAAUAUUCGUGAUGACCAAUGCUGGUAGAUCACAUGAUGCCCAGCCCUUCACCUACACUCCAGACUCAGCUGAUAACUCAAAUGUCCAGACAGUAAAAACAGAGGGACCCUCUCUGGUCAAGACGUGUAUAUUUGAUGGCCAGAUCAAAUCUAUAUCUCCUGAGCAAACUGACAGCUCUGCUCCGCCUUCCAAACGGCAAGAGGACACACCAAUGGAAGUGUCUAGCAAUCCACCACCGACAGAUGUCUUUAAACCGUCCCCUGACCCUCUUGUUGCGGUGCAGCAGACGCUGGAGCUCCGCUCUAGUCCUCACCCAGGUGGAGAUUCCUUUCAGAGCCCAAUGCCUCUACAACCUGAAGAUGUGGAGCUUCCCCAGGCGCCCCCUGUCUUCCCCAGCCUAGAGUCUCUCAGCACCAUACAAAAGCAAGACAUUGGCCCCACAACCUCCUUCCCAGUGCCAGGCGAUGUUACAAUCCCCCCUGUGACACCAGAGGUCCCUCAACAAUUCCUCCGAGACCCUCAGGACAGCAUACCUCCUGAGAGCUCCAAUAACAGUGGAGGGGUCGUAGUUGUGGCCAUGUCCCAGAUAGCGACUCCCUCUCAGCCCCAGCCACAACAGUCACAGGUUCCCCUGUUCCCCCAGGAAGGGGUGGCCCAGCUGGAGAGGGCAGUCAGGGAGCUACAGGCUGGAGGUAGCACCACGCUUCAGCAGGUGUUGGAGGCGGCUGUAGCCCAGCAGCAGCUGAACUCAGUGCUGUACAGCCCCACCCCCUCUGCCGACUCCCUUCAGCAACACGUCCAGGAGAACAUGAAUAGCCUUAGAUUAGGAACCACAGAUAAUUCAUUAUCAACACAGCAACAGCUACAGAUACAACAGCAACAACAGAUACAACAACAGCAACAGCAGAUACAACAACACCAACAGCAGAUACAACAACAACAACAAAUACAGCAACAGUUUCAACAGCAUCAACAACUGCAGCAACAACAGCAAAUCCUGGGUACCCUCCAGCAUCAACAACAACAACAACAACAACAACAACAACAGCAACAACAACAACAGCAACACUUACAGCAGCAACAGCAGCAAGUUCCCGGCAACAUGCAGAUCCAACAACAACUUAUGUUACAGCCACACGACCAGCAGCAACUGCAGCAGCAAAUCAUGGAGAAUAUUCAACAGCAACAACAGUUGCAACAAAAUCAGCAACAGCAAGUGCUAAACAACAUCCAACUUCAGGAUCAGCAACAACAAAAUCAAAUACUAACCAAUUUACAGCAACAUCAGCUACAGCAGCAGCAGCAGCAGCAGCAGCAACAACAACAACAGCAACAGCAACAACAACAACAGCAAAAUCAGCAGCAGCAGCAAAAUCAAGUGUUGAGCAACUUACAACUGCAAGAGCAGCAGGUGUUGGAGAAUUUACAGCAGUGCCUUCAGGCUGAGUUGCUUCAGCCCCAAAUCCACUCCUCCCCCCAAGGACCGCAGCCAGUGUCCAUCCUCCAACAGGCCGGAGAGCUUCUCACCAUUCAGACCAGCUUCCCAACACAGCCCCCAUCCCACACAUCUCCCCCACAGCAGCUCUUUCAAUCGCCCAGGCCCUUGGCUGAGACCCAGGGCUCUCAGCAGCAGGUCCAGGCUGCCCUGCUCCAGAAUACGCUGACCGUUCUGACAAGUGGCAGUCUCAACUCAAAGCAGCAGCCCGCAGGGUCAACACUAUACCUGUCCCCAAACCCUCAGCCCCACCAACAACAACAGCAGCAGCAGCAGCUAGCAUUCAUCUCCUCCAUGGAGACAUCGAACAGCCAGCCCCAGUCUGUUGCUAUGUUUCAGAACCAACCCCAAGCUCAGCUUUCCCAAAUGCAGCAACAGAGCACCCCAAUGGAGCAACAGCAGUCUCCACAGCAGAACCAACAACAGCCAACGCAGCUUUCAUUGGGCCAGCAGGGCUCCUUGUUCCAAAGUAUCCCAAACCACUCACAGCCUAACCCUGUCCCCCAGAACCAGCUUUCCCAACCCCAGCAGACAGGUCUCCUCCUCUGCACCACAGAUCUUAACCCCCAGGCUAUUCCCCCAACUAUUCUAUUUAGCACCCAGACCCAAGGCCCUUCCCCUCUGGGGAGCAUUAGCGUCGGAAUCUCCCAGCCAGACACAGCAGAGCCCAUGUCCUUCCAAGACCAGAGCUCCUCAGGCAGCAACUCUACAUCCACUGAGAACCAACAGCAGAGCCUGUACCAGGAACAGCAGCCAAUGCAAGUGGGCCUGAGUUCCAGCAGCGUCCCGAGCAGUCAACCUGUGGAGCUGUUCUUGCCACAGACAUCUCUGUCCAGCCUGCAGAGCACUAUUGGCUCACAAGACCUGAACAACCAGGCUCCAGCCCCUGGCACCACCAUCUUUGUGGUACAGGGUGGUGUGGGUAUGGUAGCCAACCCUGGCCAGCAGCCCCCGGAGCAGCUUUUCCAGACCACUGUGGGUGGGAAUGUGGCUCCACAAGGACAGGCCAACCUGUUUGUGUUUGGCAUCCAGAACGGUAAGAUGAUUUGGUCUUCUCCACCUCUGAAGUACAGUAAAUCCGAGUUAAGUAACUGUGUUGAAUCCCUGCCAAUGUCACUGCCAAUAGCUUUACCUGCUGUUUGAUUAUAGUGAUUAUUUCCAUUUUUUCUUCCUCC